GUGCAGGAACGGGCAGGAUGACGAGAGCCUGUGGCUGCAGAAGUCAGUGCACUGCAGAGCUGUAGGACGGAGGGGCCGGUGCCUGCGGUGAUCCGGAGCCCCCCGCGUGUAUUUAGGGCAGGGGGCGGUGAUUGUGACCGUUACAUAACAAGGUGCAGCUGAUGCCGAGGAGACCUCUGCAGCCGUCGUCGCCUCCUUCCUGUGACCACCGCCGAGCCCCCGGCAGCAGCUCACACCCUGCAGGGGAAACGCUGCGAUGCCUUGGACUACAAGUGUCUUAUUCAUACAAUGGUUUCCUUGCAGAUCCUCAGCUGCUGCUUAAUGAUCAGGACUCGGUACCAAGGAGAAGAAGAUCUCCCCCAGGGACAUGUAUGGUAAACCUCAGCUGCAAUCACAUUGCACAAUCGUAAUGUAAAGGGGUCCCCGGGGAACAUCCUGACGUCUCAGCCGCCUUCUUGGAUCUCAUGCUCUAUGAAUACAAGCGCUGUGCCCGUAAACCCCUUACAAUGUGCGACUAGUUCACCCAGCGCCAUGUCCCUACCUAGGCUGCUCCGCGGGGGCGGGGCGCUCACUGCAGGCCUCCAUAACUGCAGCUCUUCCUCUGCAAGUUCUGCCAGAAGCCUCAGGGUGUUGGUGGACAUGGACGGAGUGCUGGCGGACUUUGAGGGUGGCUUCUUGAAGAAGUACAGGACUCGGUACCCUAAGGAGCCUUACAUUGAGCUGCUGGACCGGAGGGGAUUCUGGGUAUCGGAGCAGUAUGAGAAUCUCAAGCCAGGACUGAGUGAGAAAGCUAUGAGUAUCUGGGAAGCAAAGCAUUUCUUCUUGGAUCUGGAUCCUAUUGAUGGCGCUGUGGAGGCCUUGAAGGAGAUGUCCAGUCUACCCAACACUGAUGUCUUCCUCUGCACCAGCCCCAUAAAGCGAUACCAGUACUGCCCAUAUGAGAAGUACGCUUGGGUGGAGAAGAACUUUGGACAUGAGUUUUUGGAGCGGAUUAUUCUCACCAGGGACAAGACGGUAGUCUCUGCGGACCUCCUGAUAGAUGACCGUCCUGAUAUAAUGGGGGCCGAACCAAACCCCAGUUGGGAGCACGUCCUGUUCACAGCUUGCCACAACCGCCAUUUAUCAGUGACGGCACCCAACCGGCGGCUUCAGUCCUGGAGAGAUGACUGGAAGGCAUUACUAGACGGCAAGAGGCCGCCCAGCUAAUCGCUAUGUGCAAGAGAUUCAACCUAUCAGAUCCAAGCAAUCUAGAAACGCCCCUCCUCCUUUGUGCUGGAUGCCUCUGAGGUCUCCGAUUGGUCCACACGGUGACGCGUCUGAACAACGUAUCUUUGCAGCGUGCACGGUCACACGGGAACACAAAGCAAUAGGCCGUCGCUGCCCGUAUGUCAAGUAGUAAAUUGCAUGUUAGCCGCAGGUGCCGCCUUAUACGCCAAACUGAUGUUCAUUAGAGCGCAACUUAACAAGUCACUAGCGCCUGCUGACGAUUGAGGUAAGAUAAGUAAAAAUGGCUGCCUGUAGGUGACCGGGGGACGUGUGGGACAUGAGCAGCUCUCCACCUUAAAGGGGCAUUCCACUUUAAGAGGUCUUCUGAUAGGUGUGUGUUUCGGUUCCUAAUUGCACAUUUACAUUGUGGCUGCCGUUCUUUAUGGAUCCGUGAUAGAAAGCUCAGCUGGAUCCGUCGUACCUCACAUCCCACCAGCCCCAGACCCCAGUUAUAUCAACGUGCGUCUGUCUGUCUAUUAUCUAUCUAUCUCAUUAUUUAUCUAUCUAUGGCUACUUUCACACUAGCGUUAAAG